AUGAAAGACCGACUACAGGAAUUAAAACAAAUCACAAAAGAAUUUGAACUCUCUAGCUACAGGCAUGUGUCUAGUACAGAAGCAGAAGAUCAAGGAAUGAUUCUACAGCAAGCUGUUAUUUAUGAAAGAGAGCCUGUAGCUGAGAAACACCUACAAGAGAUCCAAAAACUAAAGGAGAGUAUUAACAGUUUGACUGAAGACGUUCAAAAAUUUGGGCAGCAACAGAAACAUCUGACGGCUUCAAUGAGAAGGUUUAGUCUGCUUAAGAGAGAGUCUAGUAUGACAAAGAAUAUAAAAAAUCAAGCAGAACACAUCAACAAAGAUUUGGAUGAUUUAGUCCAGGAAGCAAAAAAGUCAGAAGUUGAAAAUGGCCCAUCAUCUGUGGUGACAAGAAUUCUUAAAUCUCAGCAUGCUGCAAUGUUUCGCCAUUUUCAGCAAACUAUGUACACAUACAAUGACACAAUAGCAGCAAAGCAAGAGAAGUGCAAGAGGUUUAUUUUCCGCCAGCUUGAAGUUGCAGGCAAAGAAGUGGCAGAAGAAGAAGUCAAUGAUAUGCUUCAUCAAGGAAAAUGGGAAGUGUUUAAUGAAAGUUUACUUACAGAAAUUAGUAUCACAAGAGCACAACUCUCAGAGAUUGAACAGAGACACAAGGAACUUAUUAAUUUGGAGAACCAAAUAAAAGAUUUAAGGGAACUCUUCAUUCAGAUAUCUCUUCUAGUAGAAGAGCAAGGAGAAAGCAUUAACAAUAUUGAAAUGAUAAUGAAUGGUACAAAAGAAUAUGUUAAUGCUACUACAGAGAAAUUUGGACUAGCUAUAAAGUACAAAAAAAGAAAUCCUUGCAGAGUAUUGUGUUGUUGGUGCUGUCCCAGGUGUGGCUCAAAAUAA